GGGACGCGCUGCGAGCUUUCCACACCGCGCUGAGGAGCUCCCCCGUGAGCACCAAGAACCAGGCCAUGAAGGAGCAGGCCCAGGGAACCAUGCUGAAAGUCCUCACGUCUUUUAAAAGCAGUGAAAUAGAACAAGCGGUGAAUUCCUUAGACAGAAAUGGCAUCGACUUGUUAAUGAAGUACAUUUAUAAAGGAUUUGAAAAGCCAACAGAAAAUAGCAGUGCGAUAUUACUUCAGUGGCAUGAAAAGGCAUUAGCAGUAGGUGGACUAGGUUCCAUAGUAAGAGUUCUUACAGCAAGAAAGACUGUUUAAAAGACUAUUCACUUGAACCAAGACGACGCUCAGUUUUGGACUCGGAAGAAGGAAUCAGCUGAAAUGACACUGGUCCAUCUUUAUUAGAGAUUGCAAUCUACUGAAAUACUAUGGAAACCUCCUCUUGGAAUGCUUUUAACCUUAAAGGUGGGGGAAGAGUAAAGGUAUUCCUGCAUAUUCCGACUAUCAAACACAGGAGCCAAGACAUUCUCCUGAACCCUUCUUUAAAAGGCAGAGAGAAGGCACGCCCCUGCCUCCUAUUACUGUAAGUGAACAGGUAUUUUCAGAUGCUGCUUUAUCGAAGUGUGGCGAUAAGAGAUCCCGUGUGUACUGCUUACAGAAGAGGUAGCUGCGUCCUUGGCAGAGGCAAGAUCCUGACAGCUUAUGGGCGGGAGAAGUGUUGAUUAGAAUGGCGGUUCUGUA